UGACAAAUUUUUCUUCGUUUGACCAGCAAGCAUCAAGAAAAAACUCUCCGUGAAAAUGUUCCAAAGAUCCGCUGCCCAAUUAUUGGCUCCUGCCAUCCGCAAUGCCGUUCAACGUCGUUGCCAAUCGGUGAUCUCUUCACCACCCACUCAAAAGGUUUCUUUUGCUGAAAAAUUGAUCCUCGGCGGUGGUAUGUGCUGUGCUACUUUGGUCAUUCCCGCUUGGGUUUUGUUGCACAUCAAGGAAUACCGUGGCUUGAAAUAAGUACAUGCAACCCGAAGUGUAUGCUGCGCUAAGCUUUAUAAUUUAGUCAAUAAAUAUGUUUUAAGAUUGUAAAGUUCGAGAAACUGGUGAAAAUAUAUAUUUAAAAAAGUGCUUAAUGUAUUAAUGCGCUUAUAAAUCAAAA